UUCGGCGUUUCCAGCAGUUCGUCAGGAUGGAAACUGUGUUGGAGCAGCGCCGCUCGUCAGGCUGUGAGCUGACAGAGCAGUCUGCUGAGGAGUCGCGUUGUUUUUAGGGCCUGUACUUCCGUUAUUUGGAUAGACGGCUGUUGCAAGAAUCGCGGUCCAGUGUCCAUCAAGAAUGAAUGAGCAGGAGGGUGGGGUGGUGUCCUUCGAUGAGUAUGUGCGGCAGAAGGCCCGCACGGUGCCUCAGCACCGAAUGAAGGAGUUCCUGGAGUCUCUUGCCAAGGGCUCAGAGGUGCUGCAGGAGUUCAGCCAGCAGGACGGGGCUGCCACCACAACAACCAUGGUGUACCAGCAGCAGGGGGCCAACUGUGUCUACACAGACAGCACAGAGGUGGCUGGAUCGCUCCUGGAGCUGGCGUGCCCAGUGCAGGUGACGUCAACAGAGAUUUCCCCUCAAAUGUCUGUCCAUCAGGGGGCUGAGCAGCAGCUUCAGGUGCAGGUUCAGAUCCAGGAGCAGCAGGGUCAAACAGUCGGUCAAGUUCUUCAGGUGACUUCCCCCUCCCAGCAAGACUUGGUGGGAAUUUCAACAGCCCAGUUUGUCCAACAAGCAGAGCUCACUGAGGAGCAGCAGCAGCAGAUUCAGGCUCAGCUGGUUGCAGCUGUAGCUGGAGGACAGCAGAUCCAGUUAUCGAGUGGCGAACAAAUUCAGCUACAAGGAACGCAGCAUAUUCAGCUGCCAGGCGGGCAGCAGAUCCAACUCCAGGCCGGCCAACAGAUCCAACUUCAAGGCGGCCAACAGAUCCAGAUCCAGACCAUCGAGGCCGUCUCUCCUUCCCAACAAGAGUCUCCCAGGGAAGCCGAAAGACGGCCCGGCACAGUUGCAGCCGUCCUCCAACCAGCUAAGAAGCGCAAGGUAGACGUACCGCUCGCCGUGUCCUACGCCGUUCCCCAGGGCCAGCAGGUGGCCACGGUUCUGGCCAUCCCUCAAGGACAGCAGCAAAGUUACGUGUCCCUGCGGCCGGAUCUGCUCACCGUCGACAGCACUCAGCUGUACAGCACUACAGGGACCAUCACCGCUCCCACAGGCGAGACCUGGACCAUCCCCGUGUACUCCACUCCGCAGCAGCAAGGCGUAACCCACAUCGCCAUACCGCAAGAGACGUACAGCACCGUGCAGGUCACCACCACCAACAGCAAAGACAAAAUGUCCAACAGCUCCGGCUCUGCAGACGCUCAGGCGGCCUCUGCUGCAACGCAGGAGGAAAUAGUUCAGACGCUGUUCCCCGCACAGUUCAUGAACGGGAACAUUCACAUCCCGGUGGCCGUGCAGACCGUAGGAGGGACGUACAACACUACGCAGUCCGUGCAGAUAUGGGACCCCAACCAGCAGCACAGCCUUGGAGACGGACAGGAGCAGCAGCUUCACCUGCAGAGCCACGGGGAAGCAGAGGGGGAUGCCGAACCGCCCACAGAGAUCCUGGUUCCCGUCUCUUUGAAGCCGGAGGAGGGCCUGGAGGUGUGGCGCCUCUGGGCCAGUCGGAAAAACGCUGAACUGAGCAAGCAGGAAAACACCAGAUUCGCCCCUAUAGGACGCCGCCAGCCUCUGCGUUUCCAAGAAGACUUGAUAUCCAGUGCCGUAGCCGAGCUGAACUUGGGCCUUUCCCUGAUGACGCAGGAGGCGCGAGGAUCAGAGGAGGAACUCUUUGCUCCAGACGUUCUAUACUACGUGUUCCUGUGUAUACAGAAGUACCUGUCUGAAAAUGGACGCGUGGACGACAUUUUCUCCGAUCCGUAUUACACACGAUUUUGUGAGAGUUUACACAAAAUCCUGCACGACUGGAAGCCCAGUGUUCAUCCUUUAGGUUACGUCAUUCCAAGUCAUGUGACGGAGGAGAUGUUGUGGGAGUGUAAGCAGCUCGGGGCACACUCGCCCUCCACAUUGCUCACAACUCUAAUGUAUUUCAACACUAAAUAUUUCCACCUGAUGACACCAGAGCAGCACAUGAAGGUUUCUUUCUCCAAAGUGUUGAGACACACGAGGAAGAACCCCGCUAACGCCAAGGACAAAGCAACCAGCAUCCGCCUUCUCAAAGUUCAGGGUCAGCACAGCGCUGGACAGAAAGGAGCUGAUGAGAUGUACGAGGAGCAGGUUGAAGACGCUGAGAAUCCGCUUCGCUGUCCCAUAAAACUUUAUGACUUUUACCUCUUCAAAUGUCCUCAAAGUGUCAAAGGGCGCAACGACGCCUACUACAUGACUCCAGAACCCGUGGUGGCCCCCAACAGCCCCAUGUGGUACUCGUCUCAGCCCCUCGCCAGCCAGCAAGUGGAGCACAUGCUGGCUCGAAUCAUCGUGGUCAGAGAGAUCCAGGAGAUCAUCGGUGCCAGUCAGGACACCGUGAGCUAAAGUGGGCGGGCCCAGCGGACUCCAGAAUGCUGACUAUGCAGUGCCCAUCCUGACUCUGAAAACUCCCUCAGAGCGGGACAACAUUCGGAACAAUCAUUUUGGAUUUUUUGGUCAUAAAAAUCUCAUUUUUGCAGCAUCAGAAGUGGACGUUCCUCUGGAAGACAUCGGCUCUUUCGUUUUUAACCUGUCGGUGAGCAGCGUUCACGUCUCACUGAUGGGUCACGGUUCACUCCUGCAGAAGUCUUAGCAACAGAUUAAUCCAACUUAUAUUCUACUUCUCUUCAGUCUCUCCUUCAUCCAUUAAAGCUCGACAGAUAAUUAAAGGGACCAGCUCUCAGUUUAUGUACUCACUGCAGUUCAAACCAUGUAUUUAUGUCCAAACUUGUGCCUGUUUCUUUUUUUUAUUAUUUUUCCAAACCAUAAUUUCGAGCGGUGGAUGGAUGAGGUGACCCUCACUGGUUCACAGAAGCUAUAUUUGAAAAUAAAAAAGCCAACUCA